AUGGCUUAUUCUCCCUCGCCUACAUCGCCCACCCGGCUUGACAAUGCUGCGGAUCUCAAUCCUCGCUCCCCGACUCCUCCUGCGCAGCCCUUGUCGAAAAGAGACAAACGAAGGAAUCAACAUGUGGCCCAUCAGCAGGAACUGUACAAUGAGCUGGCCUCAAACCGGGAACAGCACUACCGAGAGCAACUUAUCGCCCUGCAGACUGACAUGAGCCUCAUCUCCCAGGCAUAUCUCUACGAUGCGGAGCCCCUGGAAGAUUCACCAGAGGAGGUGGCUAGAAUUGCAGAACUCGCAGCUUCGGGUACUCCGUAUCAGUCACAAAUGUCGUCUCUUGCUGGUAAAUGGUAUGCCGAGUUUGUGCAGGAAGUAAACGAUGCGAAAGAAGCCAAAGAGAUAGCUCUGAUCCAACUUAUGAACAACCACAAUACACGCCUAGAAAGAGUGAAGUACGAAUGUGACUAUCGGCUCCAUCUCGCUGCGGAGGAGUGUGAACACAUGACAUCGACCUUGCGGGAGCGGCUUUUCCAAGCGCUUUCCAACAAGCGACAACGUCUGAUGAAGGAGAAGGAACAACUUGACAUUGCCGAUACCAACGCUCUUCUUCUGCAUCCGAGUCAGUUCAGUAUCACCAACCCCGCAAGUCCUGGAGGGAACCACACCAGUCGCAAAACACGCUUCACAAGACAUCGGGAGCAAGAAGACUUGAAUGGAGAAGGCACGAACAAGCGAAAGCGUAGACACGCAGAUGACGACGUUGGUUCACCCUCACGAAACGGGGUUUCGACUCCCGCAGACCGCGGCCGUGGAGCGGCGGCCAACCAGACAGCCCCCCUCUAUUCGAUCCACUCGCUCUUCACAGAUAAGGAACUCAACUUCCAAUCCCACCAGGCCCAGGUUGCAGCUCGACACUUCUUCGCAACGUCUCGAAAGGAGGGCGAGACAGGCAGCACACGAAAGCGAGGCCGAGAUGACGAUGAUAAACGCGCUGGGUCCGAGGACUCUGGUUCCGAGGAUGAUGAAGAGCUGGAAGCACCUGAGAUGGACAGAUCUGCAAGUCAAAAUGUGCACGUCACCAGGUCGACUCGGACGUUUGGCGGCAUCAAUGGAUUGAACUCGCUCAGCGACUUGGCAGAGAAAUCAGCCACUCGUCCUGCCCUCCCCUAUGCCACAUUACACACGCAUCAAGGAAGACAGGGGACGUUCCUACCCCAGCCAAGCCGAUUAAUGGCGGAGGAACUCGAGGAAGAUCUAUUGAAGAUUGCUCAGAUUGAAACACAGCCCAAAGGCCAGGUCGACAAGAGGGCGAUUGAAGAAGCACUCAAACCCUUGUCCGAGUCACGGAGUAACUUGGCCCCGGAUUGGCCAGUGUAUCUCGAUGUCCAUCUUGUGGAGGUGGAUCCAAGGAAGACAAGAGCACGGGGAGCCUGA